AUGGCACCCGUAGCAAACAGCACCGUGCUUGACGUCGCCGUCGAGUCGAGCACUGAGCAAGCAGGCCCCUCCACUUUGGCCCUCGCACCUCCCGCUCAUCCAACCUUGCAAGAGAUCGAAGCUUCUCCCAGAAGACAUCGUCUUUUCGGUUAUCCAAUCUCGCAUUCAGCGUCGCCUGCAUUUCAGAACCUUUUGAUGCAACGCAGCUCUCUACGCAAAGGCGAUUGUUCCUACGAAGGGCCUUUCCCAACGUACAGCCUGUGCGAGACGCGCAGCAUCGAUGAGAAGCACAUGCGACGUUACGUGCGCCAAGACGAGAGGUUUGGCGGAAGCGCCGUCACCAUGCCUCUCAAGGUGGCUGUCGCUGCCCAACUCGGCAAGGAGCACAUCCUGGACGAGCUCGAUGCCAUUGCUCAAGCGACUGGUACGGUCAACACGAUCGUCGUCUACCCUUCUCAGUCUGGCUCCACUCGCCUCGAAGAUCGAAGAAUGGUCGGUACAAACACCGACUACUUGGGCAUCAGACACGCGAUCCUUCGCAACGUCGCCACGCAACAUGGUCUCGAUCCCAGCUUCUACAUGCGCGCUUCGGCCACCUAUCAAUUCCCGCUGGACGGUCGCAGAGAAGGUCUGAAGCACAGCGCCCUCAUCAUCGGAAGCGGCGGUACGUGCCGCUCCGCUGUGUGGGCUGCGCAUCGACUUGGCUUGUCGCCGCUCUACCUGCUCAAUCGAGAUGCCCCAGAGACUGCCGACGUCGUGCAGUACUUCGACCAGCGAGGUAUGAACUUGGAUCUCAGACCUCUACGCUCAGAGCAAGCCUGGCAAGAGGAAGCUCUCAGGAGGGAGACUGGAGAGACCGGCCAGCUAGCCUGCACCAUCGGCGCCAUUCCCAGCAUGGCGCCACAGACAAUAGAUGAGAAGAUGGUCUACAAUCUGGCACACAUGUUCUUCGAGAGCGAAUACCGCCCGGACUUCGGCGCACACGCAAACAUUCAGCCGGACGUCGAGGCAUCUUCGACAAUCCAGCGCUUCCCGCUUCCAUCCGCUCGACCAUUCCUCGAGAUGUGCUACAAGCCGCGCGUGACACCGCUGCUGGCGUAUGCUGCCAGUCAACCGUCUGCAUCAGCUUGGUCGCCCAUCUGUGGAGUCGAGGCAAUGAUCGAGCAAGGUCUGGCGCAGGCCCGAAUGUGGGCGACCAGCGCCAGUAUUCUGAGAGGAGAAGCACCUCUCCAAGACCCACUUGGCUGCGCCACCGCUGCUGGCGAUGCGGGUCCGCUGGGCCUGGAAGCUGAAGAAGAAGCAAGAGCGAUGGCUACUGCUAUGGGCGACGUCGUCGUGGCGCCACCGAACCACGUUGCCGCCUCGAUGAAGAUCCCUCGCACAUCUGCGUCUCCGCUCACGACUGGACUCGACACUCCUCAAUCAUUCGUCGCGGCUGUUCGAUGA